AUUCCAGUUACGGUCGCACGUUUCUUUACCUUUUGACCAAUCUCAGAAUCAUGCCCUCAUUAUUAUGGCUGGUCGUUGCGGCCUUCAACAUUGUAUCAGUACUUGCUGUUGACUAUCCAAUAUGCCGAUCAUUCGGAAUGGACUUCCAGCAUCGUGGGUCAUACUUCCAGAACUCACUGUCCAGUGACAGCUUCACAUUUGUCUCGCAAUUCUUAGAUUGCCAGGAUGACACUGCGUACAAUGUCUUGGUUGAUCCCAAUGGCGACCAAUAUCUCUGCACAGAUACGCAGUUGAGACCAGACAAUACAAACAUGCUGUCGACAUGCCCAAUCCUAAAGAAUCAGCUCAGCUCUGGGCCCUGGUCAAUUCUCAUCGUCAGCAACAAUGGAGAUGCCAAUCCAAUUGCUUAUGAGCGCGACUUUGAACUCUCCGUUGGACCCCAGUCCACAACCACAGAAACCCCUACGGCAACUGCAACUUUUGUAUCAACACCCGUAAUAACCGCGACAUCAACAAUCACAGACACCGUGACAACCGUUCUCAGCCCCUCAACCAUAACCAGUCCCUCCGUGACCGUCACCCGCACCAAGACCUACACGCCCGCACGCGUGACCACCACGUCCACCAAAGCCCUCUUCACCCUUAGAUUCACCUCCAUCAAGCUCGAGAUAUCCAAAGUCACGCAGACCAAAACCGCAACCUGUCGACGACCCUUCCGCCAACCGACUCCGGAUCCAGUCGCCAGGAUUCGCCCGACCGUGGGUCCAGCAGCCCGAGUCAUGAGCCCCAAGUUCCGCCGCGAGAUCGAGGCUGAAAAGGCCCGCUUCGUCGAGGAGAGGAGGAUCCGCUUCGUGGAGAGGGCUCCCGAUCCGCAGCCUCUCACUGUCACGGAGACGGAUACCGCGAAGUGGCAGACGGUUACGAGUACCAGUACCGCACCUGCAACUACGGCCUUCAUUUCCUCAACACUCCUCACGACGACGACUUCAACACCCCCACCUGUCGUCGUGCUCAGCGGCAAGACCACCGCCGCCAUUGUCACCGUCACUGCGCCUACCCCUACGAGGACUAUCACUAGAUACAACAUCGCCACGAGUAUUACGACCAAGACGAAGACCUUUGUAUAUACCGUUCGUACCACCAUCACGCCAUCAUCUGUAGCGAGUGCGUGCAAGACGGCUGGAGGUAUCAUUUGGUAAUUGUGCCCUUGAAGGAAAUCAUCAAGAUAGACCGUACAUGUCAUAGGAAGUAUGUUGUGUGACGCGCUCUAUAGGCGGUAUUCUUUUAUAAACAGUAAUUGAAAUCAUG